AUGGGGGCCGCGCGCGACGAGGCCGGCCUAGCCGCCGCCUCCUUCUCCCGCGACCGCUCGCCUCCCUCCCUCCCUCGCUCUCGUGCAGCCGCCGCGGCGCUCCCGCAUCUCCUCCCCUUCCUCUCCCACCACCAUGUUCGCGGAGGCGCUGUAGAUCCCCGCCGACCAGGCCGCGCUGGCGCUCAGGGCGCUCGCCGCCGUGCUCCCCGGCGACGACGACGGGCGCCGCCACCAGUGCCUCCUUCUCCGCUGCUACCUGACCUCCUCCUCCUCCCCUCGUGCCAUUCCCCAACCCUAGACGCCGCUCCCCGCUGGCCAUCCUCCCCGUCCACGGCUGCCACGCGCGUUCCCGCACCAACCCACCACCUCGCCGCGGGGGCGCGUCCGCCGGGGCUGCCCUUCCACGCCGUCUCCGUCCGCCCCCGCCACUCAACGGCCACGUCGGCCUCGGCGUCAAGUGCGCCAAGGAGGCGGCCACGGCCAACCGCGGCGGCAUCAUCCUCGCCAAGCUCUCCAUCGUGCCCGUCAGGAGGGGCUACUGGGGGAACAAGAACGACCAGCCCCAUACCGUCCCAUCGUCAGUACGCGUGGAAUCAGCAGCAAAGUGGAGGAAUUUCAGGCGGAGGAAGGAUUUGGCCGGCAGCUCAGGUGCCCGCCCCCUGGGGGUCUGAAAUCGUGGCCGCCCGCGUCCCCCAGAAGGUGCUGCAGUUCGCCGGCAUUGAUGAUGUCUUCACUUCCUCUCGUGGAUCCACCAAGAAAUGGAAUCGCCACCUUCACAGCAGAACAUCACGCGCGAGUGGUCGAUGGACUGCCAAUGCUGCUCCAAAGGGGGCUGACCUUCACCUCCCCGUGUCCCUGAACAAGAUGGACCAACGAGUUGUGACCAUGUCCUCUGCGAGAAGUGCAUCAAGGUGGCCAUCAAAUUGUCGCUGCUACUACUGCUCGACCUGUGCUCUGAACGGGGCUGACACCGCGUGCUGCUUGCCAUUGGAGCAGGCCAUGGAGCUUCUGCUUGCCAUGCGUGCCUCCUUCCUUCGGCAGAAGCACCAGGUAGUAUUUACUAUGUUGAGUGAUCUUCCUUUUCCUCUUAAAAAUACAGUUUUGAAAAAAAAUCUAGACUGGUUCAGUGUUUUUCCUAAUUAGAAAUAACUCUAAUCAAUAACCGUUACAAAGCCUCCUAAUUAGAAAUAACUCUAAUCAAUAACCAUCACAAAGCCACCUAAUUAGAACUAACUCUAUUCAAUAACCGUUACAAAGCCUCUGUGUGUGUGACCUCUGCUCUUUCCAUUUUCUUGGCUUGCAAGUCGCCGCUGGAGCCGGACAAGGUCAUGAUGACUUGCCUUACCUGGUGAGGUACUGACUAGGAAGAGUACAAGCCGCCACCACCAUGUACCAGAUGGCGCCGUCAAGGACAUCAUACUGCUGAUGAUCUACAGCUUAACUACAGAAAGUUGAAAUGUGCCUAGCUCGAAUCCAUUUGUCACUCAAGCGUCUUCCUUUCUACUUCAUAUAUGGUUCUGUUGGUGCAUUACCAUUCUGGAGGGCUUUGACUUAAUCCGAACUUGUAUAAUUGUGGAAAAGUCUGCCUCAUUGGUUUUGUAAACUACCAUGAGGGCUCUUCAUCUCCAGUCGCUGGUCCACUGCUUCUCUGGUUUUAUAAAAAAGCUGCAGUAACAACUAAGCAUCCGAUAUAUAAUAACAUCAUGAAAGGGGCACGGAGCGGCGAUCCAAUAUACACCGGCGACGAAGGAAGUGGGGAUGGACAUUCGUGGAUUUGCCGUCCCUGAUUUGCUUUGUGGAGGUGUAAUCUUUCAUAAUGUGUUGUUAACAUAUCUCUGGAAUAAGUUCUUAUGUUCAGUACAUAUAGUUUGGCUGAUUAUCUUUUAGGGGCCUUCUUUGGAAAGGCUUCGACAGACUGUUUGAAUUACUGCCUUAUUAGGUUAAUGGAAUUUGAACAUGUGACUUUAUCUUAGUGUCAACCAUACAAAGGAAUUAGUGACCUGUUCUUAAUGAUAUAUAGAGGAGUAGGCAGUAAUGCAUGGUAAUAAUAAAAAAUGCAUCAUGUGUGUGUGCAGGACACAUGCCCAUGAUUCAUAAUGAUUUGUGGCAGUCUUAGAAGAAAAAUUCCCAUUGCUUUCAUCCCCUUUUGAGUGUCAAUUGCAAAGUUCAUCCGUUGGUGAAAGGAAACUGUACUCUUCUUUGUUUUAGUGCUCUGUCUCCCUACUUCUAUGACAGAAUGGUGUGGCUUUGUGUACAGUGAAUGUUCUCUACUCUUGCAUCCCAUGUAUUACUAUUGACAGGGUUUGUCUACACUUAUCUUUAAGGCUACAACCUGGAAUCUCAUAGGUGUGUGAAGAUGAUCUAGGACAUUGCUUUGUUAGGGGUUCACUUAUGUACAAGAAUGGCAUGUUCUUUCACGUGUAAUAUAUUGUGGUUUUUUCUACU